AAAAAUCACCACCCAUUCAUCACCCGGCGCCUACUCCACGACUCCGACUCUCUUUUCCCCUCAAAUUUCCACUGCAAGCUAAAAAAAAAAAACCAACCCCCCCCCCCCCAGAAAAAAAACCAAAACCAAGCAGCGGUCAUGCUCUCUCAUCCAUCAGAAGCAAUAUGACACAAGCCUCCGACCAUAGCUACACGCCUUCGUUCACCGUGAGGAAAUCCCCUGGAGCUGGACAAGGAGCUUUUGCAGUCCGGGAGAUCACGGCCGGGACGGUAAUACUGCGGGCUGACAAGUUGACGGCGCAUGUUAUCCUCAGGGAGUAUCGUGGCGAGGUGUGCUGGGAAUGCUUCGCCUACGAUCGCGGCAGAAAGUUGGUCCUGCGUGACCAGACCCGUGGCUUUACGUUCUGCUCACAGCGGUGCGAGUCGGUAUUCUUGAAGCGAGGCAACGAUGGCGUCUGCCUAGAGGCAUGGGCCGCGGUGGAGAAAUCGUCCAAGCUAAAAUCGCGAGCACCAGAGGACGGGGCAGAGGAGGGGACCAACAACAUGACACAGGGCGACAAGAAGCCUACAGCUGUGGACAUCGACGAUGCCUGGCAUGCUGCAGCACCUUCGGCUGCGUCCAUCGUGGAGGCCCGUGCCAGGGGGCCACAAGCAGCCAAGGUGCACAAGAGAGCACUGCAGCAAGCACUGUCGAGCCCGCCACCCCCAGAUAUCCUCAAUUUCCAGACGCACGCGAUCCUGACCCAAUACACUGACCCGGUUUCCUGGGAAUCCAUCCUAUCCCUGGCCCACGAGCCUUGUCCGUACGCGUCGUGGCAGGAGCUGGAUCAUCAUAUCAAGUCAUAUCUGCACCUCCUGGCAAUCUUACCAGAGACACUGCUGCCCCUGACCAAUGAUCAGACACUACGUACCAUCAAGUGCCGCGAGGUGCACAACAGCUUCGGCAUUCGGUCUCUGGAGGACGGGGGCUCUGAGUUCUUCGGCUUUGGCGUGUGGCCCUGCGCCAGCUACUUCAACCACAGCUGCCUCCCAAAUGUGACCAGGCGCAGGGUCGGGAGGACAUGGGUUUUCCAGGCGAGAGGUGAUGUCCGGGACGGCCAGGAGCUGUACAUCUCGUACCUGAAUGGGGAAGAAGACACUCUGGCUACAGCUGAGCGGCGGGCCAGGUUGAGAAAGCACUGGGGCUUCGAAUGUGCCUGUGAGAGGUGUCGUGGAGCGGUGUAA